UACAUAUUUCUUGCUUUUACAUCUAAAGGUAGAGGAAAAGGCAGGGGACGAAUAAGAUCUGAAGAUGAAGAGGACCUGGGAAACGCAAGGCCAUCAGCACCAAGCACAUUAUUUGAUUUCUUGGAAUCUAAAAUGGGAACUUUGAAUGUGGAAGACCCUAAAUCACAGCCACAGCAGCUUCAUCAGGGACAAUACAGAUCGUCAAAUACUGAGCAAAAUGGAGUAAAAGAUAAUAAUCAUCUGAGACAUCCUCCUAGAAAUGAUACCAGGCAGCCAAGAAAUGAAAAACCGCCUCGUUUUCAAAGAGACUCCCAAAAUUCAAAGUCAGUUUUAGAAGGCAGUGGAUUACCUCGAAAUAGAGGUUCUGAAAGACCAAGUACUUCUUCAGCAUCUGAAGUAUGGGCCGAAGACAGAAUCAAAUGUGAUAGACCGUAUUCUAGAUAUGACAGAACUAAAGAUACUUCAUAUCCUUUAGGUUCUCAGCAUAGUGAUGGUGCUUUUAAAAAAAGAGAUAACUCUAUGCAAAGCAGAUCAGGAAAAGGUCCUUGCUUUGCAGAGGCAAAAGAAAAUCCACUUCCUCAAGAAUGUGUAGAUUAUAAUAAUCAAAAACGUGGAAAAAGAGAAAACCAAACAUCUAUUUCUGAUUAUUUUUAUGACAGGAAAUCACAUACAAUAAAUAAUGAAGCUUUCAGUGGUAUAAAAAUUGAAAAACAUUUUAAUGUAAAUACUGAUAAUCAGAAUCCAGUUCGAAGUAAUAGUUUCAUUGGUGUUCCAAAUGGAGAAGUAGAAAUGCCACUGAAAGGAAGACGAAUAGGACCUAUUAAGCCAGCAGGACCUGUCACAACUAUACCCUAUGAUGAUAAAAUAUUUUACAGUAGUGGGCCCAAAAGAAGAACUGGGCCAAUUAAGCCAGAAAAAAUACUAGAAUCAUCUAUUCCUAUGGAGUAUGCAAAAAUGUGGAAACCUGGAGAUGAAUGUUUUGCACUUUAUUGGGAGGACAACAAGGUAUGGAUGCUUUAA